GUGCCUCUCAGACCAGACCACGACAUACGCUCAGGCAUUGAGGUCCACGGGAUCAUACAAUAACGCUUUCAGCUCAUUCGAAAGUCUUGGGAGUCUUAACGCGAGGCAGACGCGACAGAAACUCGGAACAUCCCCGCUUCGUAGAGUUGCUGUGGUCCUGGAGGUACGAGUUCUGCGCGUCCGACCUCUACUAGUGCAAGGCAUCGCGGUCCUUUCAGCUACACUCAUUACACGACAGCAUACCCCUCAGCGAUAUGGCUAUGGUCGACCAAAGACCCACCCUCCACCAGAGGAAAAGCAGCAAGGAGGACAACGAUAACCCAAUCAUCGACCUCAGCGGAGGAGGUCCCGUAUCGCCCCCUCGUCCGCGAGUUGUGUCAACCCCUCCGCAACUGCGACAUCAGCGCCAUGCCUCAACAUCAGCCGCCCUCCCCCGAAUGAAUGGUCUGGGAUCUCCUCCCCGCGCCACGUUUGGAAUACCCAAUGGCCUGCCAAACGGAGGCGCCCCCUCCCCCUCGCAUGGAGGCUCUGCGCACUCGCAUGCACGCGGCCGCUCUAUCUCGAGCUACUCGUACUCCCCUCCCUCGCCUUCGCCCCUCUCCACCUCCUUUCCGCGCCCGCCGCCGAUGACAGGCUCUGCCUCAAACCCCGAGCCAACAAGCCCUCUCUCCUCCAACUCAUCCGCCUCCGCUCCUCGCCGCCACGGUCGCAUGCACUCCCGCAACCUUUCCAUCUUCUUCCCUCGGCCGGGCACGCUCCCACACGACUCGACGAUCGCCGAGGAUGGGAACAGCCCACCCGAGCAAGCCCCCGUCAGCACCAUCCCCUCUGCCGACGCCCCGUACAGCCUCCCGAGCAAUGCAAGGUCCACGCGCGCGCCCACCACCCCUCUGGGUGCCAACUUCACUUUCGGCGGCCGCCCACCUGGCGCGCCGCAGCCGCCGGCGAUGUCCAAGUCAGCAUCUGGAGGCACGUCCUCGCGCCGUGGGCAUCACCACAAGCACUCGAUGUCGCACAACUUCUUCUCUUUCCUCGAGCCCGGGAUCGUCGGCAGCAAGCCCACAGACGAUUUAGCGCCUCCCCUAUCGCCGUGGUCCACCUCGUCCUCCGCCGCCGUAACUACCACCACAGCGGCGUCGGUACAGCCAGCACCGCAAGCGCUGCUCGUCGAGGAUCUCGGGAGCUCGCUCGUUGGCGCCGCGGCCAUCGCCGCAGCGCAGUUCGUCCUCGGUGCCUGGCUGUGGGUCGCCGGGCAGCAGGUUGGCUCGCUCGCGUGCACUGGCCUCGGCUACUGGAUCGUCUUCGAUGCGUUUGGCGUCGCCAUCGAAAACGUCCUCGCACCGCGCCUGCGCGGCAAAGGCCCAAGCAAGCAGCGCUUCUACGGGGACGCGCGCGUGGAGACGGUGGCGAUGUUUGCGCAGGCGGUGUACUUGAUGUUCGCUGCAGUGUAUGUUUGCAAGGAAACUGUCGAGCAUCUGCUGCUGAGCGCGGGCGGCUCGGAGGAGUCGGGGCACCAUCACCAUCAUGCGAUUGACGAGGAGGAUGUGAUACAGAUUGAGUUCCCCCUGUUUUUGCCGAUCCUGGCGCUUGCCUCGCUGUUGACGACAGCCUCCCUCUUCAACAACCAUACGAAGUUGCUCGACAUUACGGGCAACGUUAUACCCUCCCCUGCGUCUCUUAUACGGUCCUUGUCUGCCAGGUCGACGGGAGCAGCAUCGAUACAAUACACUGCCUCUCAGCCCGCGACGCCGCUGGGCCAGGUGCUCCGCAACCCCUACAUCGUUAGCCCAAUAUUGUUCACGGCCCUCCUGCUCACAGUUGCUAUGGUCGUUCCCGGCGCCCAACACAUGACCUGCGACCUCUUUCUCGCCACCUUCAUCGCCGGCGUCACCAUGCGCGUCGCCUAUACCGCCUGCACGGCCCUCGGCGCUGUCCUCCUCCAGACCGCGCCCCCUCGCGGGCUCCCCGGCGGGCGCAUGGAGGCCUUCCUCCGCGUUAUGCGCGAGCUCGAGCGGCACCCGCAGGUCCUGCACCUGCCCGCGCCACGCUUCUGGCAGCUCACGCCCGCGCCGGCGCUGGGCGGCGCGCCGGGCGAGGGGCUGGUCGUGACAAUGGACCUGCAUGUGAGGGAGGAUCUGCCGGAUGAGGAGGCGUUGCAGUUGACGAGGUGGGCGUGGGAGAGGACGGUGGGGGCGCUGGGAGGCGGGAGGGGGAAGGAUGCGGAAGGCCCGGGACCGGAUGUGACGGUGGGUGUGGUGAGGGGGUAGGAAGAUAUGUAUCUACUUGUAAGGGAAGGAAGGUGCACCGGGACACCCUCGAAAUCGGUCCAAGUCCAUGCGACGGAAAUGAUCUGAAAUCCUGAAUUGAGUCGGACCACGAACAGCUGCUUUCUGUACAAGCAGGUACACCUAGACAUCCAAGGCACAACAGCCGUGUAUGUAUCAUCAAACCGGCGCUGUAUCGCAAGCCUUUACACCUGU